UGUCCUACAUGUCGUCUUAUCAUGAUUGCUGCGGCUUUCCUGGUGUUGCUGAGACCUUACAGCAUCCAGUGUGUUCUGCUACUGCUGCUUCUAUUGCUGGGCACUAUCGCUACAAUUUUAUUUUUCUGUUGCUGGCAUCGCAGGCUUCGUAAGGGGAAGCAUCCUAUUAAAUCGGUAUUUUCAGGUCGCUCACGAAGUCGAGAAGCUGGUUUCCGAUCUCAUCAUUUCCGAUAUGAGGGAUACAGACACAGCCCGAGACACGUCAGGAGGGUCGCCAAGCCUCGAGUUUCAGAAGAGACUCAGCCUCUGGUAGAAAUCCCGGAGAGCGAGCAAGAAACCCCCGUGAGGAAGCGCAAAGUCAAGAAGAGGGUGCAGCCGGAAUUCUACCACUCUGUGCAAGUCACUCCGACUCGUAGACCCAGUUCUGGGUCCGGGAACGCUUCCCAUCGCUGUUCCAUGUCCUCGUCUGCGGAUUUUUCUGACGACGAUGAUUUUAGUCAGAAAUCUGGAUCUAUCUCGCCGGCUCCGGGAGACACUUUACCGUGGAACCUACCGAGACAUGAGAGAUCAAAAAGGAAGAUUCAGGGAGGAUCGGUGCUGGACCCGGCGGAGAGAGCCGUGCUCAGGAUUGCCGAUGAGAGAGACAGGGUACAGAAGAAGACAUUCACAAAAUGGAUCAACCAGCACCUCCUGAAGGUACGGAAGCAUGUCAACGACUUGUACGAAGACCUCCGUGAUGGACAUAACCUGAUCUCCCUUUUGGAAGUCCUUUCAGGAGAGACUUUGCCUCGGGAGAAAGGGAGGAUGCGCUUCCACAGGCUGCAGAAUGUCCAGAUUGCACUUGAUUAUCUGAAGAAACGGCAGGUAAAGCUUGUAAACAUCAGAAAUGAUGACAUAACAGAUGGGAACCCGAAGCUGACGCUAGGCUUGAUAUGGACCAUCAUCCUGCACUUUCAGAUUUCUGACAUUCACGUUACUGGAGAGUCAGAGGACAUGACGGCCAAGGAGCGUCUGCUGUUGUGGUCUCAGCAAACCACCGAUGGCUAUGUGGGAGUUCGCUGUGAAAACUUCACUACCUGCUGGAGGGAUGGGAGGCUGUUUAGCGCUAUUAUUCAUAAAUACAGGCCGGACCUGAUUGACAUGAACAAAGUUGCAAGUCAGUGCAGCCGAAUUAAUUUGGAACAAGCCUUCAAUGUCGCUGAACAGCUGGGAGUGGCCAGGCUCCUGGAUCCCGAAGAUGUCGAUGUGCAAUCACCUGAUGAGAAAUCAGUCAUAACGUAUGUGUCCACGCUAUAUGAUGUCUUCCCCAAAGUUCUCGAAGGCUCAGAAGGCAUUAACGCCAAUGACGUCGAUAUCAAGUGGGUGGAAUACCAAAACAUGGUCAAUUACCUCAGCCAGUGGAUCAAACACCACGUGACCGUCAUGUCUGACAGAACAUAUCCUAACAGUCCUGUAGAACUUAAAGCACUUUACAAUCAGUACCUGAAGUUUAAAGAGUCGGAAAUUCCAUUGAAAGAGAAUGAAAAAGCAAGAAUUAAACAUCUCUACCGGCUACUAGAGCCCUGGAUUGAAUUUGGUCGGAUUAAGCUGCCACAAGGAUAUCAUCCCAAUGAUGUGGAGAAGGAGUGGGGAAAACUCAUAAUUGCAAUGCUGGAGAGAGAAAAGAGUUUACGACCUGAAGUGGAAAGGCUAGAAAUGUUACAACAAAUUGCAAACAGGGUGCAGCGGGACUGCGUCGCUGGAGAAGACAAGUUGAUUUUGGCCAGGAAUGCACUGCAGUCAGAUGCCAAGAGGCUUGAAUCGGGAAUCCAAUUCCAGAAUGAGGCUGAGAUCGCUGGCUACUUGCUGGAGUGUGAGACUCUUCUGCGGCAGCAGGUCGUUGACAUUCAGAUUUUACUGGAUGGAAAAUUUUACUUAGCGGAUCAGCUGGUUCAGAGGGUUUCCAAAAUUCGAGAUGACCUCUUCACCCUUAAAUCAGAAUGUUCCUCGGUGUACAGCAAGGGACGCAGUUUAACCACUGAGCAAACCAAACGGAUGAUAUCAGGAAUCACACAAAGCUUGAACUCCGGUUUCUCCCAGAGUUUGAGCCCCAGCUUGCCUUCCAGUUUGACAUCCAGCUUAACACCCAGUCUUAUGCCGGGUCUUUCCCCCGGACUCACAUCCAGUUACACGUCGAGCCUGACGCCCUCCCAGACCUCCUCCCUCACACCAGGCAUAACCCCAGGCCUUCAGUCCCCGAUGGUUCCAAGCUACCUGGGAGGAAUGGAUUCAGGAUCUCUGCAGACCUUGAAACUGAUGCAGAUCCGGAAACCUUUGUUGAAGUCGUCGCUUGCGGACCCCAGCUUAACGGAAGAGGAGGUCAACAUGAAGUUUGUGCAGGACCUUUUAAACUGGGUCGACGAGAUGCAGCUGCAAUUAGAUCGAGCAGAAUGGGGAUCGGACUUGCAGAGUGUUGAAUCCCAUUUUGAAAACCACAAAAAUGUCCACGGGGCCAUUGAGGAAUUUCAAAUGAGUCUUAAAGAAGCCAAAAUCAGUGAGAUCCAGAUGACGCCUCCAUUGAAGCACAGCUACUCAGAGAAGCUGGGACGACUGGAGAGCCAAUAUGGAAAGCUCCUGAACACAUCUAGAAAUCGUCAGAAGCACCUUGAUACCUUACAUGAGUUUGUCUCAAGGGCCACUCGAGAACUAAUCUGGUUAAAUGAGAAAGAAGAGGAGGAGGUGGCUUAUGACUGGAGUGACAGGAGUUCCAAUUUGGCAAAAAAGAAAGACUACCAUGCAGAUCUUAUGAGAGUACUCGACGACAAAGAAAGAGUUAUAAAGUCAGUUCAAGAAAUGGCCGAGCAGCUUCUGCUUGAAAAUCACCCAGCAAGGUUGACUAUUGAGGCGUACCGUGCAGCAAUGCAGACACAGUGGAGCUGGAUUUUGCAGCUUUGUGGUUGUGUCGAGCAGCACCUGAAGGAGAACACGCUCUACUUUGAAUUUUUCAACGAUGCCAGAGAAUCAUUGGACUACUUGAAAACUCUCCAAGAGACAAUACAAAGGAAGUACAGCUGUGACCGGACAAGCACUUUGCACAAACUAGAAGACCUGAUCCAGGAAUCAAUGGAUGAAAAGGAGCAGCUCCUGCAGUACAGAAGCACCGUAGCGAGUCUCGUGGGCAGAGCAAAGGCCAUCGUCCAGCUGAAGCUGAGGAGCCCCGACAGUCCGAUCCGAACCUCCAUCCCCGUGAAAGCCAUCUGUGACUAUCGCCAGAUUGAGAUCACGAUAUACAAAGAUGAUGAGUGUGUGCUGGCCAAUAAUUCACAUCGUGCAAAAUGGAAAAUCAUAAGUCCGACUGGAAAUGAAGCCAUGGUGCCUUCAGUCUGCUUCACAAUCCCUCCGCCAAACAAGGAAGCCAUCGAAUAUGCUGGCAGAAUUGAGCAGCUGUAUCAAAACGUGCUGGCGCUCUGGCAUCAGUCCCACAUCAACAUGAAGAGCGUCGUCUCGUGGCGUUACCUGAUGAAUGACAUCGAAGCGAUCCGCAACGGCAAAGUGGCCUCGAUAAAAACCAUGUUGCCUGGUGAACACCAGCAGGUCCUCAGCAAUCUUCAAACCCACUUUGAAGACUUUCUUGAUGACACAGAAGAAUCUGAGAUUUUCACGAUUUCUGACCGGAACCAUCUGGAAAGAGAGGUGGAAAUCUGCAAGCAGUACUACGAGGAGCUUCUGAAGUCUGCUGAAAGAGAAGAACACGAGGAAUCCGUUUACAACCUCUUUAUUUCUGAUGUGCGCAACUUCCGAAUGCGACUGGAGAGCUGUGAGGAGCGAUUGAUCCGUCAGAUCCGAACGCCACUCCAGCGAGAUGACCUUCAGGAGAGUGCACUACGGAUUGCAGAGCAAGAGAAAUCCAAAAAAGAAAUGGACAGGCUAAAGGAAGACCUGGAGACCAUGAAAGGGAAAUGCGAGAUGUUUUUAAAUCAAUCAUCUACUUCCCCGUCUGCUCCGACCCUCUCUUCAGAGCUCAACCUGGUUGUCCAGAACAUGAAUCAGAUCUAUUCCAUGUCAGCAAUUUACCUGGAAAAGCUGAAGACGGUGAACCUGGUGGUGAAGAACAGCCAGGCGGCCGAGGCACUGGUUAAGCUUUAUGAGGCUAAACUGUGCGAGGAAGACGCCGUGAAUGCUGAUGCCAAAGCCAUUGAGUCCAUCAUGGGCACUCUUAAGCAAUGGCGCACUGAAAUUGAUGAGAAAAGAGAAGUGUUUCACGACUUGGAGGACGAACUGCAGAAAGCCAGGACUGUUAGCGAGCGAAUGUUCAAAACGCACAAUGAACGCGAUUUUGACUUGGACUGGCACAAAGAAAAGGCAGAUCAGUUGACAGAGAGGUGGCAGAGUGUUCACUCACAAGUAGAGAGCAGGUUACGGGACUUGGAAGGAAUCAGCAAAUCGCUGAGGUACUACAAAGACACUUAUUUUGCCCUGAAUGACUGGAUAAAAGAAAUGGAGGCCACCCAGUUACGAAUGCAAGAGAACCAACCGGAAGACAGCAAGGCCCUGGCAGAACUUCUGAAUCAACAAAAGGUUCUAGUUUCAGAAAUUGAGGUCAAGCAAAGUAAAAUUGAUGAAUGUCAGAAAUAUUCAGAGCAGUAUUCAGCAGCAGUCAAGGACUAUGAACUCCAGCUUAUGACCUACAGAGCCAUGGUGGAUUCUCAACACAAGUCUCCGGUGAAACGGCGCAGGAUGCAGAGCUCGUCAGACAUGAUUAUCCAGGAGUUCAUGGACCUUCGGACUCGUUACACGGCACUGGUGACACUCAUGACUCAGUAUGUCAAGUUUGCUAGUGAAACCUUGAAGAGGACAGAAGAGGAAGAGAAAUCUGUAGAGGAGGAGAAGAAAGAACAUGGCGAGAAAGUUAAUAAACUGUUAAACUGGGUAUCACGUGUUAAAAAGGAAGAGAGACCAUUAGAGGAUGGCACAAACGAGCCGUCUUAUAUGCCGCAGGUAUCAAUGGAAGAUGUGGCAAGAAAGAAGGAGCAAAUUUCUGAAGCUUUAAGAGCAACUCAGAUGAUUUUGACCAAACACAGUGACAAAAUGACAGAAGAAGAAAAGCAGGAAACCAAAGAGCAGCUCAAGUCCCUCCAGCAGGCCUACAACGAUUUGUCUCAGCAGCCUCUCGAUCAGCUCCAUCAGCCGCAGAGCCUUCCGGCCGAGCAGGAACACCAGGUCAUCCAAGGCAUCCUUGAUCUUGAAACAGGAGCUGUCUUUUCAGUGCCCCUUGCAAUGCAGAAGGGUCUCAUUGACUGUACAACUGGAAUUCUGUUACUUGAAGCUCAGCUGGUGACCACUGGGCUUGUCUCCCCUGAAUCCAUGAAGGGUUUAGAUCUGGAGGAGGCGUUUCAGAAUGGUCUGAUUGACCAAAGCACAUAUACUCAACUGCAGGAUAUCGAUUGCGCUAACAAAAAUCUCCAACAGUAUUCAUCAGAUGCUCUUCCAGUCAUCAGAGCAGUGACAGAAGGAGCGAUCUCUGAGGCUCUAGCUUUCAGAAUAAUAAAUAUACAUUUGGCAAGUGGCGGAUUAAGGGUCAGUCGUACCGGGGAGCUGUUGAGUUUACAGACUGCAUUCCAAAAUGAUCUCAUUCCCGAGUUUCUGUUUGUCCGGAUUCUAGAAACCGAAGGUAGUGGCAAACAUCUUGUUGAUCCGAAUACAGCGGAAAAGCUCAGUCUAGCUCAGACGGUACAAAGAAGCAGAUUACAUGGAAAAUUGGGAUUAAGAGUGUUGGAUGUGAGGAAACGAAAGGAUGGCAGGAUAGCUUUGCAGUCUCGUGGUGACCUCAGCAUUUUUCAGGCAACACUUGAAGGACGUAUUGAUCGGGAAACAGCAGUCAGAUUAUUAGGAGCUCAGCUGUUUGCCGGGGGUAUUAUUGACCCUGAAAGCGGCCACAAACUGAAUGUGGAAGAGGCCAUCCACAAGGGCUUGAUCGAUGAAGACAUGUCUUGCGCAAUAUUGAGCUAUCAAGUACAAAACGGUGGGAUCGUCAACCCUCACAGUGGUAAGAGACUUACUUUGGAUGAAGCAGUGCAGUGCAAUUUGAUGUCAUCAAGAAGUGCUCUCUUAGUCCUGGAAAGACAAGGGAGUCUUAAAGGUCUAAUAUGUCCACAUUCAGGAGAAACCUUUACAGUUUCUUCCUAUUUCGAGUAUAAAGAAGCUACCACCGAGCUCGACUGCAAGUUGCCUGAAAACCGUCACCAAAUUACAGCUCUUUACAUUCCCGAGACAUCCAAAGUGCUCAACUUUGAAAAUGCAGAAGCACAAGGAAUGCUGCAACGUACCUCCACGUUGCUCCUAAGAUCAACAGCACUUCCGGACUCUAUGCCUAACCCAGAAGAGAUGAAUGAAAAUGCUGCAAAAUGGACAUUGUUUUGUAAUUCUUGUGUAGAUGGGCAUGAUUUAUCGGAAUCUCAGCAGCCUCAUUUGGCUCCAGUGUCAGCUUCAGAAGCAAAACGGUGGUUCAUAUCCUAUCUGAUGAUUAACAGUUACGUAGAUCCCAAAUCUGGGCAAAGAGUUUUAAUAUACGAACGAGAGUUGGAUAAAAUUACUUCUUUUUAUGCAGAGAAAAUUUUGUUACCUAAUCAUGAUAAUUUUCAAAUUAUUUUGUCAGCUGUCCCGCAAGAACCUGGAAAAGAAAUAUCCACACUUCUUCAUCAGUGCUUCAACACAGAAAUGGAAAACAUUUCAGUUAGGCAAAGAUUAGAAACAGCAUUUAACAACAAUAUUGGCAGUAGACAGUCUAUGGAUGCAAAUACAUUUGAUGGGAAGGAAGUUGUGGAAUCAGUUGAUACUCAGGGGUUUCUGGGCCAGGUUCAAGAGCAGCAUGACAAAGUAACAUCUGAAACUUCUCCAGAUAGUGAAGUUGUUGCAAAUGUUGAUUCUCGAGAUUUUAUGCAUUUGAGCAGUAGCACGGUUGGAUCCCAUAUGAACGUACAAAACGAUUUCCUCUUAUUAAAUGAACCGAUGGACACAACACCUACAAACCAUCACCAAAACCUUAAUAUUCAAGAAGAACCUCAUCAUGAUCUUGUCACUGAACCUGUCCUGGAUCAUAACCACAUUUUUGAAAUCAACCUAAGUGACAGUAAAACUGAUUAUAGAAUGCAUCAAAACAAAAUUGCCCAAAUACUCAGUGGAGGUUCUACAGUUCCACAGAUGGCCCUGGUGACAAAAGAAGAAGCUUUAUUUACAAGUGAGCCUAAUAAAAUCCGUGGCAGUUGUGAAUUAGAUUGGGCUUCUCUUAGAAACAUGAACUCUCCACAUGAUAUAAGUGAGAGUCCUUCAUUUAGCCCAAAUGCACCAGAUAUGUCAAGAAGCCAUAAUGGGGAAGUGGACAAAUUGACAUCAGAACCGUCACCUGGUAGACAUACUGAGAAACAGGGACAUUUCUUGAAAGAGCAAUCUCUUCACACAGAAGCAAUGAUCAUAAAAUGUUUAGAAUUUGAUAAGAACUCUGUACAAUCCAUGGAAAAUCAACCUAGUCCUUUAGAUGAAUGCACUGAUGAAGAACUCAAGCUUGAACCUUAUGUCAAAAAGAGUUCUUUUGGUGAGCAGUUGAUGAUUGAAGAGUCAUCUGCUGAGAUUAGGGGAGGAGAAAUCAUUAAAGACAGAAGUAGAGAAAUGUUAACACUUGGGAACCGUGCACAACACAAACAUCUAGUUGUGGAUAUUUUAGAUGGACUGAAUGACCUUCAAGAUUUAUCCACAACAGGCAACGUGAAAAGUAAUGUUAAGUUGCUUAGUUCAGAUGAUGAUGGCAUGGUGGAGAAGAUCAGUGUUUCAGAAAGCAAAAGGUGUUCCGAUGCCAUUGAGGUUCAUGCUGCACCAGAGAAGGCAACGGUGAAGUUACAGCUGGAGGAUGUCUCUACUAUGAAGUAUGCUCUCCUGGAAAAUGAAGAAGAAAUGUUAGGGGAUGUGCAGGCCAAAUCUUGGCUUAAGGAAGAAGAAAAGGAUGAAUUGUGUUUAGAACCUGAAAAGUUACCCUGUGACCUGGAAGCAGGUCAUAGAGUAGAGAAGCCUACAUUGGUACAGUUCAGGGCUUCCCAUGACUUCCAACACCAGCCCAUCUCAGCUUCAAUAGAAAGUAGUGUAGGUGUGUUAAGAAACACAGACAGAGCCAUUCCACAUGAGUGGGCCGAUGGUGGAGAGAUGUUUGAUGGUACCAGAGAGCAACAUUGGGGUAAUUGUGAAUUGUCUAUAGAAGAACAAUUCAUUAAGGGCACGUCGGCUUCAGACAAGACACUUUCCCAGGACUGUGGUCUUCCAUGGACUACGGUAACAACCAAUGAUCAGCCAUGUAAAUCGACUAUCGCCGAUAAACAAAUCUUUCCGAAUUUUGAUAUAACUGACUCUGUUAAUAAAACCAGACAGACAUGCAAGCGGGCACAGACUGAGGAAAACUGUGACCCAAAAAUUUCACAAGCAAUCAGGGAGAGCCACAAAUUUGACCAAGACUCAGAGUCAUUGGUCGGGUUGUUGUCUGAAAUGACCAGGUCUUUUAAUUCAGAAUCUACAGAUGCAGUUAGUAAUGAAGGACAGCUAUCUUUAUUGACUAAAAGAAAGAAAAUGGGUAUACAGAAUCUUCCUGGUGACCCAAGCAAAAAUGGAGAUGAUCAUUAUUUGGAAGAGGACAGCUCCACCGAUGUUUUUUCAUCAUUUGUCAACAGUGAUGAAGAGGAGCCCACUACUGAUCCAGCAGACACUUUGUUUCUCAAAUCUAGUGAAGUACACCAGUUUGGCCUGGAAGAUAAAGACUCCAAGGCUGUGGAGUGUCAUGAUACCAUUCCUGGUGUGCUCCAUCCUUUAACGGGAAUGAAGAUAAAUGCUAGGAACAAUCACAACAAUCUAGAGCUUUCCGAAAAUGGAAAGUCGGAACAUCCCAAAGCCUUCAAUAAUUCAGAAAUUGCAAUUGAAACCGAAUAUGAGAAUUUGGAGCAGAUAAGUGGGAUUGGUGAAAGUAGUGGCAGCUACCCAUAUGUCCCAAACUUUGAACCUGAGGAGACAAGUGACGAGCAAGAAAGUGGUAUGGAACAGAUAAGUGGGAUUGGUGAAAGUAGUGGCAGCUACCCAUAUGUCCCAAACUUUGAACCUGAGGAGACAAGUGACGAUCAAGAAAGUGGUACAUUAGAUGAUAUCAUUGAGGAGAGACAAAGUGCAUCCCCACAAGAUGUACUACUAAGUGGUGGUGCAGACAUGGAAACCAAUGAGCUCUUCCAAGUUAAUAAACCUCGGGAAGAACCUCCGGAAAUGUGUGACCUCUACCACACCCUGAGAUCCAAUUGGCAGGACCUGAUGAAAGUGAAAGUUACGGACACUACAGUGGAAGUUUUGCAAAAAGCCGAGUCAAAGGUCAUCGAAGGCAUGAUCAAAAUUAUAAAUAAUGCAAUACAGUCGAGCGGCGGUUUGGACAACGCAAGCGAUUCGAGUGACGAUGAGGACAGGGAUGAUGCUCUCACGUGCAUUGAUAGCAGAAGUCCAGAUAUCCUAAUCGACUUGCUAAAACAAAGCGGCGCCAGUACAAUAGCUGACACAAUACCCGAAACGAAGAAAGGCGAAUUGUUCAAGGAAAGCCCACAACGUGUCUCAAAAUCCAUGACUCCAGCAGAACUCCUUCAGGCGCAGUUACAGCGUCUUUUCCACAUUUCACCUCGUGGCACAGAUCCGGAUCUGAAUGCUCAGCUUAGUGAGAUCUUAGUAGGUUUCAUGGAGAGGGAAGGACCUCCUGCUGCUGAAGGUGUUAAGAGCGGGCAAAUGGCUGAAGCUACUGAUUAUGGCACACGGCUCUGCACUUUGAGUAAGGCCGAUUCAGAACUGAAGGAGCGGGAAAAACAUGAAGAAGGGUCUGAAAAUUCAGAAGAAAUUUUGAAAGGGAAGAAGAAUGAGAAUGGCAAACCAUUAAGUUGUACACAGCAUUAUCUGGAGUGUAUUGGGAGACUUCAGGAUCAUUCGGAUGUGUUAGAAGAUUUAAGAGAGGAUCUCAAUAGCCAAGAACUCGUAGGUCACACUUUGGAAAUUCUGACAGAACAACUCGACAGAUCAGAGUCUCUAGAGUCACAGCUUUCUGCUCUGUCCGGCACGCUAGCUGCAGAUCUGAAGACAGCUGAAUGCUUGUUAGAGUCCGCCGGGGAGCACGUGCCCACACAAAUUCGCAGAGAUCUGGAAACAGUCUCCAAAGAUUUGCAGCUUGCUUUUGCUGAUAUUUGCAAAAUGGCUACAGAAAGGAGAACUUGUAUUAAAGAGGCCACUGCCUUGGAAAAGUCCAAAAUAAAGGCUUUGAAGCAGGACCUCCUUGACCGACUUCAGAGACUGGCAGACUUCAUUCAGGAUAACACAAAGACGAUCACAAGCCUGGAUAUCAUGAAUACAGAUGAUCUGGAAACAGUGAAGUACAGAAUUCAGCAUAACAAGGCUUCUUUGAUACUAUUAGUAAAUGACAUUGCGCUGGCACUGAUUACAGAGGGCAGGGCGCUAAUGAGAACCGCACGUGACAUCCUAGAGAAUGGCAGGAUCUGGAAAAAAGCUUUAUCUGCCAAGGGUCAUGAGCUGGAUACGACAGCAUUUGAUGUUCAGUACUUCAUCUCGGAGUACGCUCAGGAUCUGCUGCCCUCCGAUAGCAGGGAUCUUCUGAGGACUCUCAGUACCACCCAGAGGUCAUUUAAGGAAGUUAUGGAAAUGGUCUCCACACAGCGCGACACACUGAUGCUUCAUCUCGAAAUAAGACGAGAUCUGAGUACCCAGAAGACUCUUGCAGAAAAGCAGAAGGAAUAUACCGAGAAACUGGAGGAGAUGUGCCAUCUCUUAACACAGACAGAAAACCGCAUCAUUGGGCACCAGCAGACCGCGUUAAAUAAAGACAGCCUUGGUGAUCUGCAGCAGUACCAGACAGAGCAUCAGGCUUUGCAGAGGGAUGUCCAGGCAGGCCAGAGUGCCUUAGCGGAAAUUGUGAAGAGCUCAAACAAGUUCCUAGAAGAGAAUCGAGGCAAACUGCACCCUGAUCAAGUCACACUCAUUGAAAGCAGAGUGGAUGAAGCCAAGAGAAAAUCCAAACUGCUAAGUCAACGAGCUGAGGAAUCGAGGAAAGAGCUGGACAAGGCUUUGACAACAGCCAUCAAACAAGAAACAGCUAAGGUGGCUGCAGAGGAGCAACUGGAAGACAGCAAGAAUAAAAUUAAAGGACUCCUGGGCUGGCUGUCAAAUAUUGGAAAAGAUCAGGGGGUGGAUGAAAACCUUCAGGAUCAGAUGGUGAGACAAAAUGGGAAUCUACCUCUGGAAAACAGAAGCAAGUUGAACGGACAAGAAGACGAUGCAAAUGGAAACCUACCUCAGCUCAAUGGCCAGACAUGCACAGUUACUGAUGGAAAGAGGACGGGCAAGGAUGACCUGGACCUAAGCAAGCAGCACGAUCGAGUAAAGGCUCAUCAUCGUGAGAUCUUAUCGCAGCAGCAGGCCUUCAUCAUUGCCACUCAGUCGGCUCAGGCGCUCCUCGAGAAGCAGGGCCACAUGCUUUCCCCAGGGGAGAAGGAGAAACUUCAGAGUAACAUCCAGGAACUACGGGACCGCUACGAGACGACGCUGACUGAGGCAGAACUCAAAAUGAAGCUGAUUCAGACCGUCCAGGACGAACUGCAGAAGUUUAGGACCGACUGCGGUGAAUUUGAAAACUGGUUACAGCAAUCGGAAACUGAGAUCACCGAACUGAAAUCUGGAGUCUCUGACCAGGACCACCUUAACAGCAAACUGCAACGGCAAAAAAGUUUUUCUGAUGAUGUCAUCUCCCACAAAGGGGACCUGCGCUUCAUUACAAUAUCCGGCCAGAGGGUGCUGGACGCUGCUAAAAUGUGCAAUAAAUCUGACACCAGCAAGGACUCUGAACUCUCUGUGGACACCUCGGGGGUCUCCACACUGGUGCAGGACAAACUGGAGUUGGCUGCAAAUCGGUACAAGUCCCUUCAUUCACAAUGCUACCUGCUAGGCAACAACCUUAAAGACGUGGUCGAGAAGUACAAGCACUAUGGAGACGCCUCGUCUGGGAUCGUGACUUGGUUGGAAGACGCAGAAGAAACUGCCAGGAAGCAGCUGGCCGAGGUGAUCGCCGUGGAUCCACAGGAUCUCCAAAAGCAGCUGGAAGACACCAAGGUGCUUCAUGGCCAGGUGUCUGGGCGUCAAGGCGCCAUAGAGAAGUUGCGGAAGGCAGCAGAUGCUGUGAUUGCUACGGAAGGCAACCUGUUGACCAACUGUGAUGAAAUCCAGCAAUCAGUGGGUGACAUUGUCGAGAGGUAUGACAGUCUUGCCAAAUCAGUGAGUGAUCGAAACGAGACUCUGCAGAUUACGCUGACUCGCUCUUUGAGUGUGCAGGAUGGUUUGGACGAAAUGCUGGACUGGAUGAAAAAUGUGGAGAAGAGUCUGGAAGAGCAGGAGCAAGUGCCUUUACAUUCCACAGCAAUCCAGGAAGCUCUGAGUAAAGAGGCUAUGUUGGAGCAGGACAUUGUCAGCCGGCAGAGCAGCAUCGCUGCCAUGAAGGAGAAGGUCAGCAAGUUCAUCGAGACCACCGACCCAUCCACUGCCUCUUCUCUGCAAGCCAAGAUGGACACUCUGUCGAAACGGUUCACCGACGCCAGCCAGAAACACAGGGAGAAGGUCCACAAACUGGAAGAACUGAAGGACAAAGUGGACAUGUUUGAAAAGACGGCCGAGAAAGUGCAGCAGUUUGUUGCCAAAGGGUCGCGGACAUUGACAGAAACGGAUGGACCGGGAAAGAACGUGAAUGAGCUCUCCCAGCUGAUGCAGGAGACAAAUGCUGAGCUGACAGACCAAGCGAAAGACAUCGAGCUCCUCCAGAAACUGUCUGCCGAGCUGGCCGACCUCGACCCGGAUGGAAGCCACAGUCAUAUUCAGAAAACCAUUGAAACACUCUCCAGGAACUUUAAAGACUUUGAAGACACCGUUAAGGAAAAAGAAGAGGAAGUUUCUUCCUGUCAAGGACAGCUUCAGGCGUUUAAAAACACCGUGGAGUCUCUCCAAAGAUGGCUGGACGAGUCAACAGAGAAGCUUGCGUUGGUGCAGCCUUCCUGCAGUGUGGAGGAGCACGAGAAAAGUCUGCAGACUGUCAAGGCCUUAUCAGAGGAAUGGACCGCAAAGGCACCGGCUGUUGAAGACGUUAAUAGAAAAGGGUCAGAAGUGUGUAACCUGAUAAGCGUUCUGACCUCCCCGGCUAAAACAAAAUCUUCUGUAAAAGCAGGCAAAGCUGUGGUGAAUGGUUCUGGAGCACAUGGCUAUCUGACAAACAAGGAGCUAAUGUUAGUUCAGCACCACCUGACAUACGUCAAUCAGAGCUACGAUAAUCUGGGGGAGCGUCUGAAAGAGAAAAGUGGCGAGCUUGAGGGGGUUCUCCAAGAUCUGUCAGUGGUGCACAAUGAAGGAAAUUCACUGAAGCAAUGGCUGACUGACAUGCAGAAAGAAGUCGCAUCAUGGAACACCGGGCAGGCGGGGAAUGAAUCUGUGAAGACGCAGAUGGAGCAGCAUAAGUCUCUUGAAGCAGAGGUAAAGCUAAAGCAAGGCCAACUUCAGCAGCUGAAGGAAAAGCUCUCUGACCUGCUGGAGAAGCACCCAGAAUCCUCAGAAGCAGAAAAAUGGAAGCAGAUGCUGGAUCAGAUAGAUUCCACGUGGAAGGAUGUCACCAGCUCCAUGGAGGAGAGGAAAGAGAAGCUGGAGGAGUCGUGCAGGAAUCUCGCCCAGUUCCAGACCAACGAGGAGCAGCUGAAGCAGUGGCUCGCCGAAAAGGAAUUGAUGCUUGGCGUGCUUGGUCCUCUCUCCAUCGAUCCCAACAUGCUGAAGGCGCAGAAGCAGCAGGUGCAGAUUCUCCUGAAGGAAUUCGACUCUCGAAAGUCUCAGUACGAACAGCUAAAGGAAACCGCACUGAGUAUUUUGAGCCAACCAGGAGACCUUUCACCAUCUUGUACCGCAGUCAAGUCUCAGUUGGCUGCCAUCACGGAAAAAUGGGAGGGUCUGACAGGCCAGCUGACCGACAGAUCCGACCGAAUUGACGAGGCCAUCGUCAAAACCUCCAAGUUCCAGGAGGUUCUCAGAAACCUCAGUGAGCAAGUCAACGUCCUGGGCCAGAGUUUGGGUGGCCCGUCAUCUCUUAGCACCCAGCCUGAUGCCGUGAAGCAACAACUUGAAACGGCGAUGGACGUCCGCAGCAAGCUGGACCAAGAAAAGAUGAGGGUGGCUGAGGCCGAGGCUCUGUGUAAAGAGCUGUCAGCACUGGUUGGCGAGGAAUAUUUAAAAGCGGAUCUCAGCAGACAGCUGGAAAGCAUCUUAAAACCUUUUAAAGACCUUAAAGAAAAAGCAGGUAACAGGAUAGAGCAGCUGAAUUUAGCUUUUGCCAGCUCUCAGCAGUUCAAUCAGAUGUCCAGAAAUUUCCAUGAAUGGUUGGAUGGGAAAAUACAAGAACUUUCCCAGGUUCCUCCUUUAUCUGCCAACAUGGAGGUUCUGCACCGGCGCAUUAAAGAACACGUGACUUACCAGACGUCCUUGGAGGAGCAAAGUGGGCCAUACAAAAAGAUUGUCCAAGAAGGAGAGACUCUGCUUCAGACAACCCAAGGGGCCGAGAGGACGGCUCUCCAGAAUCAACUGGCCACUCUUCAAGGCAAGUGGGACACCUUACGGAAACAGUCCGCGGACUACUCGGACAGGGCACAGGUCUGCCUGAAGCAGGCCCAGAAAUAUAAAGAGCAUCUGGAAAAAGUGCAGCCGUGGAUCGAGGACUGCGAGAAGCAGUUAACUCAGGUGACGGUCUCGGUGGACCCCGCAGAAGUGGACUGUUCGAUCUCACGGGCCAGAACGUUACAGAAGGACGUCGACAAACAUCGAGGAGUGGUCGAGCUUUUCCACAACGCGGCUGACAGUUUACUUGAGGUGACACAAGCCGACCACGAGCCCGUCAAAGAGGAGAAGGCCAAUGUCACCCAGAAGGUUGAGAACAUUUCUGAAAUUCUGCAGCAGAAAAGGGACUCCUUAGACAAAAUAGCACAGCGGCUGAAGGAAUUCAACGAUACCCAUAAAGAGGUCCGUGAACAUCUGAAGGGUGCCAGGCAGCAGCUUACAGUCCACGAGUCACUGGGAGCCCAGGUGUACAGCAACAAACACCUCACUAAUAUGAAAGCCCAGCAGAAAGCUCUGGAGACUCUUGGAAUACAAGUAGGUAGCCUCAAAGGCCUGGCCCAGGGUUUGGUGGUGGACGCUUCGGACGCGGCAGGAGUCUCAGACCUGCUAUUGAAGGUGGAAUCUCUAGACACAGAGUUCAAGUCUGUAAAACAGCAGGUGGAAGACGUUUCCUCAUUCCUGGAGACGAAGCUCCAAGGAAUCGGACAAUUCCAGAAUAGCAUUAGGGAAAUGUUCUCGCAGUUCUCCGACUUGGACGAUGAGCUGGACAGCAUGCAGCCGGUUGGCCGAGACUUGGACGUUUUACAGCUCCAGAAGGAAGACAUAAGGAAUUUUAUUAAAAAACUCCAAGAGCUCAUUGACAACACGGCAACUGCCAACAAAAACUGCCAGCAGAUGCUUGAGAAAGAAGGAUCUCCUGAUCUUCCUGGCUUAAAGCGCGACCUCGAGGCUCUAAACAAGCAAUGUGGGAAACUGAUGGACCGGGCCAAAGGGAGACAGGAACAAGUAGAAGCCAUCUACUCUCGCGUUGAUGAGUUCUACCAGAAACUAAAGGAGCUCUCCGAGAAAUGCAUCGUGGUAGAGGAACAUGAGAAAUCUCAAGGAGCAGUGCGGAUGGAGAUUGAAAUUGUCAACCAGCAGUUGGACGCCUUCAAGGUAUUCCAGAAAGAAGAAAUUGAACCCUUGCAAGGCAAGCUGCAGGAUGUCAACUGGAUUGGUCAAGGCCUCAUUCAGAGUGCGGCCAAAACGACCAACACGCAGAAGCUGGAGCAGGACCUGGAAGACAUCAACAUGCGGUGUAACACACUUAACAAAAAGGUCGCAGAACGAGCUGCCCUCCUGCAUGAAGCCCUGCUACACUGUGGCCGAUUCCAGGACGCCCUGGAGUCACUCCUCAGUUGGCUGACGGACACUGAAGAACUGGUCGCCAACCAAAAGCCACCUUCUGCCGAGUUCAAAGUGGUGAAGGCGCAGAUUCAGGAACAGAAACUCCUUCAGAGGCUACUGGAAGACCGUAAACCGACUGUGGACAUAAUCAAAAGAGAAGGAGAGAAAAUAUCUGCCUCUGUAGAGUCACCGGAUAAGGAGAAGACACUCAAGGAGUUGGUGACCCUCGGUCAACGAUGGGAAUCCCUGCUUGGGAAAGCAGAAACGAGGCACAGGCAGCUGGAGUGCAUUCUCGUGGUGGCCCAACAGUUCCACGAAACCCUGGAGCCUCUGACCGAGUGGCUGACAUCCAUGGAAAAGCGUCUCGCAAACACGGAGCCCAUCGGCACCCAGACCAAGAAAUUAGAAGAGCAAAUCUCUCAGCACAAGGCGUUAGAAGACGACAUAAUGGCUCAUAGCAAAAACUUGCACCAGGCCAUUAGCGUUGGUCAGACUCUAAAAACUCUGAGCUCUCCGGACGACAAGGACUCGGUUCAAAGCAAAGUGGAUUCAACCCAGAGUCAGUUCAGCGAGCUCCAGGAGACGAGCGGCAGGAAGGCGGCCAUGCUGCAGCAGGCCUUCUCCAAUGCUCAGCACUUUGGGGAAGACGAAGUCGCGCUUAUGAAUUGGUUAAGCGAAGUUCACGAUAAGCUGAGCAACGUGGCCGUCCACGAUUAUCACCCCGACCUCCUCCAGAAGCAGGAUGCGGAACAACGGGCGCUGCACGUGGACAUCAUUGAAAAGAAACAGAACGUGGACUUGGCGAUUCAAAAUGGCCUGGAGCUCCUGAAACAAACGACAGGUGACGAAGUUCUUAUCAUCCAAGAAAAACUGGAUGGAAUCAAAGCCAGAUAUGCCGAGAUCAAUACAAUGAGUGCAAACGUUUCGAAACUGCUGAACCAGGCCUUGACGCUUUCCACAAGGCUGUUCCGGACGCACGAGGAGUUGUGCCACUGGCUGGAUGGUGUCGAAGCCGAGGUCGUUACCUUUGAGGCUCAGGUCCCUGUUGGAGAACAGCUAAGCCAGGUCCAGGAGAGGCAAAAAGACCUUUUGAAGGAUGUGAAGGAUCACAAAGGAUUACUGAGCAGCCUGAAUGAAGUGAGCAGUAGCCUGCUGGAACUCGUACCAUGGAGGGCCCGGGAAGGUCUGGACAAGUUGGUGUCGGAGUACAACGAGCGAUACAAGCUUGUGAACGAUGCUCUGGUGCACCAUGUUGAAGAAAUCGAUGCCGCCAUCCUUCGGUCUCAGCAGUUUGAGCAGGCGGCUGACGUGGAGUUUGCCUGGCUGUCAGAUAUGGAGACAAAGCUGCUGUCUCAGGGUGACAUCCGACUGGAGCAAGACCAGACCACCUCCCAGCUCCAGGCACAGAAGGCGUUCUCAAUGGACAUUUUGAGGCAUAAGGACAACAUUGAUGAGAUUGUAAAGAAAGGGGAGGCCAUGUUGGAUAACAGUGAUGAAGAAGAGAAAGCAUCUUUAAAGGAGAAAAUCCGACAGCUCCUGGAGAAGUACGAUGUGGUCAGCCAUAUCAAUUCGGAGAGGUGUCUCCAGUUAGAACGUGCCCACUCACUGGCCAGCCAGUUCUGGGAGACCUACGAGGAGCUGUGGCCCUGGCUACAGGAUAUCACCAGUGUCAUUUCUCAGCUGCCGGCCCCUGCCAUUGAGUACGAAACCCUGAAGCAACAGCAAGAAGAACUGAGGCAAAUGCGGGAGUUGAUAGCAGAGCACAAGCCUCACAUCGACAAAAUGAACAAGACUGGACCUCAGCUUCUUCAGCUCAGUCCCCCUGAAGGCCUCUCCAUCCAAGCGAAGUACACAGCCGCCGAUCAGCUCUAUGCCCAAAUCAAGGAGAAUGUGAAACAGCGGGCAGCGGUGCUGGAUGAAGCCAUGUCCAAGUCCACACAGUUCCACGACAAAAUCGACCCAAUGCUGGAAACUUUGAAGAGGAUUGUCGAGCGUCUCAGAACUCCGCCUUCCAUCUCCGUUGAAGUGGAGAAAAUCAAGGAGCAGAUCAAUGAAAACAAGAACGUUCUGGUGGACCUCGAGAAGCUCCAGCCCGUCUUUGAGACCCUGAAGCAGCGAGGCCAGGAGAUGAUCGCCCGCUCGGAGGGAGCGGACAAAGACGUAUCAGCCAAAGCUGUUCAGGAAAAGUUAGACCUCAUGGUAUUUAUCUGGGAGGAUAUUCACGCCCUGCUCGAAGAAAGAGAAACAAAGCUCCUCGAUGUAAUGGACCUUGCAGAGAAGUUCUGGUGUGACCACAGUGGACUCAUUGCCACCAUCAAAGACACGCAGGACCUUCUUCGAGAGCUUGAAGAACCAGGAGUUGACCCCUCGGUCGUAAAGCAGCAGCAAGAGACAGCAGAGAGCUUUGGGGAAGAAAUCGAAGGACUUCAAGAAGAACUUGAUGCCAUUCAGAACCUGGGAGAUGAAUUGAUGUCAGCUUGUGGAGAACCAGACAAGCCUGUAAUUAAGAAGAGCAUUGAUGAGCUCAAUACAGCCUUUGAUAAUCUGAACAAGAACUGGAAAGAACGGAUGGAAAGGCUGGAGGAGGCCAUGCAGUCGGCCGUGCAGUUCCAAGAUGGAUUGCAGGGAAUGUUUGACUGGGUGGACAUUUUGGAAGGGAAAAUUGACUCAAUGUCACCAGUUGGCACUGAUCUUGAGACCGUCAAGCAACAAAUUAUGGAACUUAAGGAAUUCAAGGUAGAAGCCUACCAGCUCCAGAUAGAAAUGGAGAAGCUCAAUCAUCAGGCAGAGCUCUUGCUGAAGAAGGUUGUGGAGGAGGACGACAAACACGCCAUUCAGGACCCUUUUACGGAGCUCAAGCUACUCUGGGACAACCUGGAUGAAAAAAUCGUCAACCGACAGCACAAACUGGAGGAUGCUCUUCUCGCCCUGGGACAGUUCCAGCAUGCUCUGGACGAACUGCUGACGUGGAUGACGCACACCGAGGAGCUGCUGAACGAACAGAAGAAAACAACGGGCGACCCUAAGGCCAUCGAAAUCGAACUUGCAAAACAUCACGUUCUCCAGAACGACGUGCUGGCGCACAAAACCACCGUGGAAGCGGUCAACAUCGCAGGAAACGAUCUCAUUGAGUCGAGCGCCGGGGAAGAAGCCAGCAACCUGCAGAAUAAGCUUGGAAGUUUAAACCAGAGGUGGGGGAAAAUUCUGGAAAAAACAGAGCAGCGGAGACAGCAACUGGACAGCGCUCUACUGCAGGCUCAAGGUUUCCAUGGCGAAAUUGAAGAUAUGCAGCACUGGCUGAAGGAGACCGAGCGUCAGCUGCUGGCAUCAAAGGGAGUUGGAGGUUUACCAGAAACAGCCAGAGAGCAGCUUAAUGUCCAUCUGGAACUCUGCGCGGUGUUUGAGCUGAAGGAAGAGCUGUACAAAAAGCUGAUGGCGAAAGGGGAGCAACUGAUCGCGAUGUGUCCGGAGAGCCGCGACAGCAACACGCAACAAGACCUGCUGAACCUGCGGGAGAAAUGGGAAUCCGUACAAGCGAAGAUGACGGAAAGAAAGGUGAAACUCGAGGAGGCCCUGACCUUGGCCACAGAAUUCCACAACUCCUUGCAGGACUUCAUCAACUGGCUGACUCAGGCUGAACAAACUCUUACCAUGGCCACGUCACCGAGUCUCAUCCUGGAUACCAUCCUCUUUCAGAUCGAUGAGCACAAGGUCUUUGUCACGGAAGUGAAUUCUCAUCGUGAUCAAAUAAUAGAGCUGGACAAAACUGGAACCCAUCUGAAAUACUUCAGUCAGAAGCAAGAUGUCGUCCUCAUUAAGAAUCUCCUGAUUAGUGUGCAAAGUCGGUGGGAGAAGGUGGUCCAGCGGUCUGUGGAGAGGGGCCGCGUCCUGGACGACGCAAGGAAGCGGGCAAAGCAGUUCAGUGAAGCCUGGAACAAACUGAUGGAGUGGCUGGAGGAAUCUGAAAAGGCUCUGGACUCUGAGCUGGAAAUUGCAAACGAUCCAGACAAGAUUAAAUUGCAGCUGGCACAGCACAAGGAGUUUCAGAAGGCCCUCGGAGCCAAGCAUUCCAUGUACGACACGACCCUCCGUUCAGGCCGAUCGUUAAAGGAAAAGACCUCCCUGAGUGAUGACAACCAGAAACUGGACGACAUGCUAAGCGAACUGAGAGACAAGUGGGACACGGUGUGCGGAAAAUCUGUGGAAAGGCAGAAUAAACUUGAGGAAGCCCUGCUGUUUUCUGGACAGUUCACUGAUGCCUUGCAGGCUCUCAUCGACUGGCUGUACAAGGUGGAGCCCCAGCUAGCGGAGGACCAGCCGGUUCAUGGAGAUAUUGACCUUGUCUUAAAUUUAAUAGAUAAUCACAAGGCCUUUCAAAAGGAGUUGGGGAAACGGACAAGCAGCGUCCAGGCUUUGAAACGUUCAGCAAGAGAGCUGAUUGAAAGCAGCCAUGACGACUCGUCUUGGGUCAAAGCUCAAAUGCAAGAACUGAGUACCCGCUGGGAGACUGUCUGUGCGCGCUCUGUGUCCAAGCAAAGCCGUCUGGAGCAGGCCCUCUGUCAGGCGGAGGAGUUCCAUUCCACGGUGCACAUUCUCCUGGAUUGGCUCGCUGAGGCUGAACAGAGCCUGCGUUUCCAUGGCGCCCUCCCAGAUGAUGAAGAAGCUCUGCGUGUGCUCAUCGAUCAACACAAGGAAUUUAUGAGGAAACUCGAAGAAAAGAGAGUAGCAUUGAGCAAAGCAACAGGUAUGGGGGAAGCGAUCUUGACCAUCUGCCACCCAGAUUCGAUCACCACCAUUAAACACUGGAACACCAUCAUCAAAGCCAGAUUCGAGGAGGUACUUGCUUGGGCAAAGCAACACCAUCAAAGACUGAGCAGUGCCCUCAAUGAGCUCCUCGCCAAUCAGGAGCUGAUGGAGACUUUGCUACGAUGGCUGCAGUGGGCAGAGACAACUCUCAAUGAAAAGGAUAAAGAGACCAUCCCUCAGGAAAUCGAUGAAGUCAAGAACCUGAUUGCAGAACAUCAGACCUUUAUGGAAGAAAUGACAAGGAAGCAACCUGAUGUUGACAAAGUAACCAAGACGUACAAAAGGAAGCCUGCUGCCGAGUCGUCCUCCCACUCGCAUAUUCCUGUCCUGGAUAAAGGAAGAGGUGGAAGAAAGCGUUCCCCUACCCAAGGUUUAUAUCCAUCAGCAGCUCCCGCUCCCAUCGAGACGAAGAACCCCCGAGUGAAUCACCUUGUUAGCAAAUGGCAGCAGGUCUGGCUUCUGGCACUGGACAGACGGAGAAAGUUGAAUGACGCCCUGGAUCGACUGGAGGAGCUGAGGGAGUUUGCCAACUUUGACUUUGACAUUUGGAGAAAGCGAUACAUGAGAUGGAUGAACCACAAAAAGUCGAGGGUGAUGGACUUCUUCAGGCGCAUUGACAAAGACCAGGAUGGAAAAAUAACCAGACAGGAGUUUAUUGAUGGAAUUCUUUCUUCAAAGUUCCCCACGAGUCGUUUGGAAAUGAGCGCAGUGGCUGACAUCUUUGAUCGAGAUGGCGAUGGUUACAUCGAUUACUACGAGUUUGUCGCGGCUCUCCAUCCCAACAAAGAUGCCUAUAAGCCUCUUACUGACGCAGACAAAAUAGAGGACGAGGUCACUCGACAAGUCGCCAAGUGUAAGUGUCCAAAACGGUUCCAGGUGGAGCAGAUCGGUGCCAACAAAUACCGGUUCUUCCUUGGAAACCAGUUUGGAGAUUCACAGCAGCUGCGUCUCGUCCGGAUCCUGCGGAGUACAGUCAUGGUUCGUGUUGGAGGUGGCUGGAUGGCGCUUGAUGAAUUUUUAGUGAAGAAUGACCCGUGCAGAGCUAAAGGGAGAACAAACGUGGAACUUCGAGAAAAGUUCAUUCUACCAGAGGGUAUAUCCCAGGCGAUGGGUAGCUUCCGCUACCGAGGUCGCCGAUCACGGCCGUCUUCCAGAGCUGCCUCUCCGAAUCGAUCAAACUCCAGUCACAGCUGUGCUUCCGUCCAACCUCAACCCGCUGCCACCAGUACCCCCAAGACUCCCCAACACAUAACCCGCAAUUAUGAUAAACCAUGGCUGACAAACAGCAAAACCUCCACGCCUGUUAAGUCAGCAGAAUCCUUUGAAAGUCAAGUGUCGUCUGCAGAGGGUACACCGAUACAAGGAAGCAAACUACGUCUUCCCGGCUAUUUGUCUGGAAAAGGGUUCCAUUCUUUUGAGGAGAGCAGCCUAAUAUCAGCUGCAGCCACCAAAGUCAGGAUGCCACUCCCAGACCUGAAGAAAACCCCAAGCCGACCUGGAAGUCGCCCCGGAAGCAAAGCGGGCAGUCGGGCGAGCAGCCGGCGAGGCAGCGACGCCUCGGACUACGACAUCUCGGAAAUCCAGUCUGUGUGCUCAGACACGUCCGAGACGGCGCCCGAAAGUAGCAAAGCGUUGCCGCGUGCUGGACCCCGGACCUCGUCCUCGAAGCCUUCAAAGAUCCCCACUCCCAAGAGGAGGUCUCCUGCUGCUAGCAAGUUGGCCGCCAAGCCUUCAAAGAGAUAGUUACGAGUACCCGGGGCCUGGCAGAGUUGCUCUAACGUGCAUUACGUCACAUAUUUAAAGGCUGUGAGAUGUAAAAUAUUCUGUAGAAAAUGACUGUUUUAAUAUUGCGCCAGGAGGACCUGAAUGCGGUUGGCCUUAUGUGUUAUUUGUCCUGUUAUUUUAUUUCAUGUGAAUAACGUUCUGUCUGAUGAUCACUGCGGAUUAGACUGUUUUUGUCAGUUAUCCCUAACGGGGUAAGCGAGAGACUUUAUUGUAAAAGCUAAGCUGACAUUUCUACACACUAACGUGUAAACGCGACACUAAGUAACAUGUGAGAAGAACGUUGCUGAAUGAAUGUACUGUAAUUUUGCUGGAAUAUGACUUUCACCUAUUUAAGUUAGGCGGUGGCUCCUGCCUGACCUUAACACGUAAUUUAUUUAUACUGACUGUGCAAUGAAGUUCAACCAGAAUCCAAACGGAAGAGACACUAAGUAGAGAAUCCGAGAAACACAAACGCUGGUGUGAAAUGUACGGCUCACACUCCAGAAUCACAAUCGGACAUCACGUUACGCACCUGCAGAUGUUACACUUAACUUUCAUGAUCUCCGAGCGAUUUUGUGCCAUUUAUUUUAACCGUGUCCAGGGCCGUAUACGGACUCCGAGAGGCUUCGCUAUAACAUCACUAGGAAGGGCGUCCAUGUCACUGUACGGGUUUCAUUUCGCUUGAGUGGACAGGACUGCUGUAUCAGUUCAUUUUGUUUUUUUUUUUUUUUAAUAAAUUUGCUUGCACAAAGCUGAAGAUGAA